UAGAAUCCUUUGCAUAAUUUAGAUUAGAAACACUAGCGCUUUGCACGGUAAAAAAGAAUAACUAAAUCGACAUUUUACGACGUUUUUCUGUAUCGAUCUGACAGUUGUCAAAAUAAAAGUAUUAAAAUUGCUUCAAAAUUAAGAUUAGAUGGGAAGGAGAAGCAGGUCAAAAUCCCCUUUUGGAGGUGUCGGGCGAAGACGGGAUAGAGAAAGGAACAAAGACAGGGACAGAGAAAGGGACCGGGAACGAGACAGAGAUAGGGAACGUCACAGAAGGAAAAGAUCUAGGGAUAGGUCGCGAGAUAGGGAAAGGCGACGUCACUCGCCCGACAGGGACGGUAGAAGACGAUUUUCACUUUCAAGGAGUCGAUCACGUUCAAGAUCGUUGGAGAAACGUUCUGGACACAACAGGGGGCUUCUAGCAGAACGACCAGUCGUCACAGCAGCCGAUUUAGAAGGAAAAAGUGUCGAGGAGCAAGAAAUGAUGAAGCUUAUGGGCUUCUGCAACUUUGACACUACAAAAGGUAAAAAAGUGGAAGGGAACGAUUCUGGUGGAGUGCAUGUUAUAUUGAAAAGAAAGUAUAGACAAUAUAUGAAUCGUAAAGGUGGUUUUAACAGACCGCUGGACUUUGUAGCGUGAUUUUUUUAUACAAUUUGAACAACCAUUUACCUCAGAGCACACCUCAUUUUUUCACCCCAUAGUUUGUUGUAACGUCAAGUUAUACCUCACACAGUAUCAGGUUUAAUUGGUUUUUGUCAUAUUUUACACAUACUUGUUGAAAUUUUAUAUAUAACACAUUGUUACGGGUUGUUCAGUUGGCAUUAGUUUGUAUGUAUAGUUGUAAGGUCUUAUUUCAUAUAUUAUUAUAUUUUUAUGACAAUAAAUGACUUUAGAAAAA